UCUGCCAUAUGCGCCUGCAAGGGUGCACGGACUGCGUGUGACGUAGGCGAUAAGCAACCAAUAGAAACACACAACCUCGCAGCAGAGUUGCGCAGUUGCACUGUGAGCAGCGCAGCCAUUACAGUUUUCCUAAAUCUUUACUAACAGUUAGAUUAGUUAAGUCGACCAAGCAAUUUUCUGUCGACAUAUUGUUAUAGUAAACCGCUGGUGACGAUAUCCGCUCAGUAAAUUUGUAAAACUACACAGACUAAGUUAACACGCAAGGUCUCGCUUGUUUGCUAAUCCCAGUAUAGGCUAACCGAAUUGUUAUCGAGUUUGUUUUUAAUGACAUAAACGGUUUAAUUUAAGUGUAGUUUAAAGAUGGGCACACCUCUUAGAAAUGAGUCGUCUGCAGGAAGCUCCGCGCCUUUAUGCGAUGACCUCACAACUGCAACCGACUCGACUGCGAGCUUAUCUUCUGCACGAGCAGUAGUAACGUUACAGCAGGGAGAGCAACUAAAGGCCCAGGCACCCAUUUUACUCUAUGUUAACAGUCCUAUAUCAUCAUCACCAUUAGUUACCAACAAAGUCCCACAUGGUGGUCGAGGAACAGAGGCAGUUUCUACAUCAUCUGAGUUUACUCAUGAUGCCAUCGUACACCUCAUUGAAGCAAUGCAAAGAUGCAGUGAUAUAUAUAGCUCACGUGAGCGCGCACUUCUCUUCCAGAGUGUUCAGAAAGAGCUUGAGAACCUUGGUCACUCCAUACCUGUAGAGAAGAUUCGCCGUAAAUGGAAUAACCUCCUUGUUACAUACAAGAGGGUUAAAGAUCGAAGCUCAUUGUGUGGAGCCUCUACAAAGACCUCAUGGGAGUACUUUGAUAUUAUGGAUAAUGUUUUAGGGCAGAGCAAUAUUUUUCAGGGAAGCCCUACUUCAGCCACUCUUGUUGGAUUUGCAACCCCAGCUAAAGCAGGUGCAAAGUCAGAUGUACGUCCAUCUAACAGCGUGGCUGCGAUGACCACCCCAUGUCUGCUUCCCACUGGCCUCAUCACAACGCCUUCCCAGAUCCCUACAAUGAUGACGUCUCCAAUGCUGUGCAAAGUUACCCCUAAAAUAAACCCUAAUCCCUCUUGUAGCACAGACACAGCCACCAUCUCAUCUAAGCCUGCUUCACUGAUAAACCGUCAGCCACUGAAACAGAAAUUGAAGCGUCUUCGGCUCAACUCAUUGGCUACACGUGCGGCCCAACAGCAAGGGCAGGCUGGGGAACGCACUUCACUUCUGCGUAAUUUUCUCACCAGUCAAGAAGAGCGUACGCGUUUACAGGAGCAGCGUCAGCGCAAGAUAGAUGCACGAGAGCGACGCAAGGAGAAAACCGCACGUGCCAUGGCCGAUGCAAUAGGAACGAUGGCAACGGCACUGGAAUUGAUCUCAUCCAAGCAGGAUACCAUUAUUGCUCUACUUCAGAGACUGGCUGAUAAGCAUUAGGGGAAAACUUUACCUUCCUAUUUCUCUUUUGCUAUCUCGUUCUUGAGUAAUCAUUAGGUCUACAUAGUUGAUUUGAAAUUCUGUUUCCUAUUUAAAAUGCUUAAGGUAGUUCAAUCUGCAAAAAUUCUGCAAAAAUAAUUAUUUUCAUUUUUUAAUUAACAACAAUGCUUCUCAGUUUUCAGCAUACAAUUUCAAAUAAAGCAAGUAUUUUCUUAAAAGAUAGUAAAGUGUAUGACUUUUUGCUAUCCAUUUACUGGCUUAUGUAAAAAAAAUUGGUGUAAUACUGUAGAUCUCAUUAUGGAACGUCUUUAUAUAUUAUGACGUAAAGAAUGUUAAAAUAAAUCCAAAGCUUGUUAUAUUAAACAGUUCAAUUUGAUUAAGUCAAUUCAGUUUACGUAUGUGACCUAAUGGUACAAAAAAUUGUAAAGAAUACGUAAAGAAUUUUACGAUUGUGCUCCUUGGUUCCUCUCCAUGGUUAACACACAGCUGAUGUUAUUGGGGAGGGGUUGAACUUGGGACAUGAGCCCUGGCCUUAAGCAGAUUCAAAGCUCAGGUUCAGAGGUUCCUUCGAGGAGAGCAAGCCAAGUUCGUAUACCAUUUAUCAUUAAGACUAAAUGUGCAGGCGAAUAAGUGUGAAGGUAAUUAUGCUUUUGUUUCCCUGUCUUGUCCUCGGUUCAAUGAAUUUACAUAAAGACACAUGGUGAUAGGCAGCAUAGAUAAAUGGAUUAUGGCACUUAUAAAAUUCUGGCAUACAAAUACAAUUAUUGCACAUUAUAUACUGACCAAAAUUAUAAACACAACACUUUUUGUUUUUGCCUCCAUUUUCCAUGAUCUAAGACUUAUUCCUACGCACACAAAAGUCCUAUUUCUCCUAAAUAUUGUUCACAAAUUUGACUAAAUCUGUGUUAGUGAGCACGUUUCCUUUUCUGAGAUAAUCUAUCCUGCUGCCUCCAAGUCUUUCUGGAGCUCUUGGCUACAUGACUAACAUUUUGACUUCUGGGACAGUAAUCUUCAGAGGAGCCCCUGUUCGUGGCCGGUUAAAUGUGUUGUAUCUUCCUCUUGCAGGUAACGGCCCCUAGUGGUGCUAACAGGAACAUUAAAGUUUGCUAAACAACACUUGGAGAAGCCUGUGAAUUACUGAAAAAACCUAGUCUAAUCAUGUUUGAAGGAGACAAACAAGUCUUGUUGGUAAGGUUUGGGGAGGUCUUUGCCUCUGCCCAUCAUAAGAUGUUUGUAUGAGAGGUAGUUAAGUCUUUAUCAACAUGCACCACACCACCUGAUUCUCAUUUUUACAGGAAAGAGGUACUGUAGAACUAGUCAAAUCACACAUUCCCUUGAUGUAAUGCUUUUUUUGUUGCAUGUACUUUAUUACAAUACAUAUUUAUUUAUGUACUUUGGUUGGCCUUUCUGUGUGGAGUUUGCAUGUUCUUCCUGUUUUAGUCUGGGUUUACUCUGGAUUCCUCCCACAGGCCAAAU